GCGCGUUCCGUCUGCCCGCUGUUGGUCGGAGAGCCGAGGUGAAAGCGGACCUUUGGAGCUGGAUGAAUUUCCCAGAUACAUCAGAAAUCUGAAAAAUGACCUGGUUAUUUACCAAAGCUAACUGAAGCCGCUAUUUUUAACACUGUUGGAUCAAGUUAACAAUCUCUGAUUCAAAAGGUGCAAGGCUGUGCUACUAAGAUAAGGCCAUUCCCCUUAUUACUGCCUUUGAGGAAUUUCUCUGAGUCAUGGAUACCCCAGAGUACAACCGCUUUGUGGAUCCAGAGAAAAUGGAAGCUAUGAUCCCGGAUGAAGGACCCAAGGAGAUGAUAAGCACAGACUUCCAGGAGAUAAAACAGUUGGCACGCCAGGGCUACUGGGCCCGAAACUACACUCUUAGGGGGAAGGUUUACCAAAAGCUGAUUGAGGACAUUCCAUGUCGAACAGUCACACCAGAUGCCUGUGUGUACAGUGACAUUGUAGGAAAGAUUGUGGGCAAACACAGCAGCAGUAACCUCCCUCUGCCUGAGUUUGUGGACAAUAGUCUGGUCCCAAAUUACUGCCUGAAUCCACAGGGAGAAGAAGCUGUUCGAAAGAUCCUCUUGUGUAUUGCUAACCAGUUCCCUGACAUUUCCUUUUGCCCAACACUUCCAGCAAUUGUCGCCCUACUCCUGCACUAUAGCAUUGAUGAAGCAGAGUGUUUUGAGAAAACUUGUCAUAUCUUGGCUUGCAAUGACCCCAGCAAGAGGUUUAUUGACCAGAGCUUUCUCGCUUUUGAGUCUUCUUGUAUGACAUUUGGGGACCUUGCUAAUAAAUACUGCCAGGCGGCCCACAGAAUGGUGGUAGAAUUGUCGGAGGAUGUAUUACAGGUCUACUGUGACUGGCAUCGGUGGCUCUUUGCAGAUCUGCCAUUCAGUUACUUUGCCCGAGUCUUUGAUGUAUUUCUGGUUGAAGGGUACAAGGUGCUUUACAGAGUUGCUUUGGCAAUUCUUAAGUUCUAUUGCAAAGCGAAAGCUGGGCAACCCCUGGACUCAGACAAUGUGAAGCAGGACAUCCGUGUGUUUAUCAGAGACAUCGAAAAGGCAGUAUCCCCUGAGAAGCUGCUGGACAAAUCCUUUGCUAUCCGUCUCUUCUCCCGGAAGGAGAUCCAGCUCUUGCAGAUGGCCAAUGAGACAGCUCUGAAGCAGAAAGGCAUCACGGUCUAUAAUAAGAGUGUUUCAUCUUCUCAAAGGCACUUCGUGCACUUGGCUGUUCAUGCUGAGAAUUUCCAGUCGGAGAUUGUCACUGUGAAGGAGAUGAGAGACAUCUGGUCAUGGCUCCCUGAACGGUUUGCUCUCUGCCAGCCUCUGCUGAUUUUCUCCACUAUGCAGCAUGGAUAUAGCUUGACAAGGCUUUAUUACCACUGUGAUGGACAUGAGCCAACUCUCCUUCUCCUCAAGACAACAACGAAAGAGGUUUGUGGUGCUUACCUGUCGACAGAUUGGAGGGAUCGAAAUAAAUUUGGAGGCAAGCUGAGCUUCUUUGGGACUGGGGAGUGCUUUGUGUUUAGGCUGAAGCCAAAAGUUCAACGAUAUGUGUGGGUAGUGAUAAAACACCCAGAGCUGGCCAAGAACCAGAAUUCAGCCUUAGAACCUACAACUUCAAGUCUCCAGCUCAGCCACCCAACCUCCACAGACCCCCCAAAACGACUCUCACCUUUCUUGGCUGCCCGGCACUUUGGUCUUCCUUCAAAAGCUGAAUCUCUGUUCAUGGCUGGAUCCAAUGAAUGCAUCAUCAUAGGUGGUGGAGGUGGUCAGGCUCUGUACAUUGAUGCGGACCUGAAUCGAGGCCACACAGGACAUUGUGAAACCUUUAACAAUGAGCCUCUGUGCUCUGAAAACUUCCUCAUCUCUUCCUUAGAGGUAUGGGGCUUCUGGAAUGCUGACAUACAAGAGUAGAAACAGCCACACUCACCAGUCCCUGCAAGGAAGACAAGGAUAUUCAGGGGCUUCCAGCACAGGAGGAAGGCUACUCCAGGAUUGACUUCUCCAUUUUCAGGUCGUGAUCUUGGAUAGAAACACAAGGCCCUAUGAUCCUUUAGGGGUCUCUCUCCAUCCCGGCUUUCUAUGAUGGCUACUGACCCCUCUGAAAAGUCAGCCUGUAGUCAAGAGUUCCUGAAACUUCCCUUCUCUUCAUCCCCCUAGGGAAUGGGUUAGUUUGAGCUGGAGCCUGUUAUGGGGAUCAGAUCAUUUCUGGAGACAGACUCAAGCCUUGCCCCAUCUGCUUAGAGACUUUGGUGUAAUCCAGAGUCCUGUCUCCUCUUGGGACAGAGCCCACGGAUGGUGUUGGGGGACAUAAAUAGCAAACAUGAUAUUAUGUGAACCAAUUCCAAGGUCAUGCCUAGGCUCUCUGGCUGUUCCUGAAGGGUGGGCUGGUGGGGUAGGGGAAGGAACCUUUGUUCUAAGGGUAAUCAAGGUGCAGAUGAACAAAGGCCCAUGCAUAAAUUCCUCUGCAAUUGCCCAGGAAGUCACCAGGCUUCCCCAGAUGUAGCCCUUGGGAUUACCCUUUUCCUCUCUCAAAUCAUAGGCUCAGAUGUGGACAAACAAUCCUUCCAACAGACACCUUAUCAUUCUGGGUUUUGGAGAAGGCUCAAGUCCAAGAGAGAGAAGUCCUCAGAGGGGAUGGCAUUAACCUCUGGAUCCUGGAAUUAGCACUCUACACAAAUCCCUCAUGUCUUCAUAGCUUUCUGAGUACUCAUUCACCUUCCUCCCUUAUCUAGGUAUCUUGGUCCCUCUAUACCCUCAAAAAAAAUCUCAUUAUGUGUAUAUACGUCUCUUCCUUUAACACUGAAUCUGGUGGUCUGUGCCUGGGUAUUUGUCCUGUACUUUUUCUUUGGGGUCCUGAUUUCUCCUCUUUCUGGGAGAAGAAGAAUGGGAUGAGGGAUGGGUGUUUCUGAGGUUACUCUCCACAAAUUUCCAAUACUGGGACCUGAAGAACAGUAGUUCCAUUGCCUCACCAGGGCUUAUGCGUCAUUACCCUGUUACUCCUUGGACUUUGGUGCCCCCAUGUGGUUCUUUUGCUCUUUGCCAUAAUAGAGAGUGAGAAAGAGAGUGACCUCUGGUGCCUGAUACUUGUCCUUGGGGUACGUAAGAGCUCUGCUCUCCUUUGCUUGGGUAGUUUUGUCCCAAGCUGCCUCUUGUUCAGGAUUCCAAAAAGCCAGCAGAACAACGCUAUGGAAAAGUAAGAAGUUGCAGAAAUGCUUUUGAGGUAACAUUUCCAAGCCAGCAGUACAUCAGAGCUGGUAUAGACUUCCCUCUGGACGUCUCCAUCAAGAGCCCUGAUUCUUUCUUCUGCCUUCCCAACUCCUGCUCUGGCUUUUCUCUAGGAAUGGGGAAGGCACCAUAGCACAUAGUCUUAUGCAAUCAUAUAAUGAAACCUGGAUCAGAAUCAAAGUUACUUAUGGUUCAGAACAAGUAGGCAAGGGAUACUGAGACAACAUGGGCUGGAGGCAUGCCCUUGGAAACUGCCACAUCUGAGUUCCCACUGACUAAACUUUAUCCUUUUGCUUGCCUAGUCUCUUGGGGCUGGCCACCAACUACAACUAUGAAUGUAACACAGGGUUGAUUGACAUUUUAAUCCUUUAUUUGCUAACACUUUACAACUAAGUUGUGGUAAGCAGGUUUUUUUUUUCUUUUCCCAGAGAACUCUGUGUCUGAUUAAUUUUUUUUAAAAACCUUGAAGCCUCUAGUAACAGUUGUUUUCCAGGAAUGUAUGUGGAAUGAAGGAAAUCUUUACUGUCUUCAGUUGGGGCCUGAAUAAAAUUGAGAUCAGGUUCAAAAGCUAAAUCUAGUCACAUUUAGGUAUGAAUGUCCUUUACAGAGAGGAGUUUGGGAGCUGAGCCACUUCAUUUCAAUUCAGUAUUUAUUAAACUGCAAAGCAUUGUUCUAGACACUAAGGAUAAAAUAAAUGAAACAGUUUCUGAUCCUCUAGCUUGCAAUAAUACAUAAUCAACAAGCAUUUAUAAAAUGUUUAUUCUGUGCCAGGCACUAUGCUAAGCACUGGGGAUAUAAAGAAAGUCAGCACUUCUCUGCCAUCAAGAAGCUCACAUUCUAAUGGAGGGACAACAUGUAACUAUGUAAGUAUAAGAUCCAUACAGAACAUAUGGAUGGUAAUCUCAGACAGAAGGAAUCGGGGUGGGGAAGACUGGGACAGACCUCCUGCAGAAGGUGGAAUUUAAGUGGGGUCUUGAGGAAAGCUAAAGAGGCAGAGAAAAGAAGGAAGAGCCUUCCAAAAGUGGAACAGAGAGCCCAAAGCCUAGUCAGAAGGUGAAGUGUCUAUAUAAGAAACCACGAGAAAUCCAGUGUAAUUGGAAUGUAAAAGUGUAAGAAGACAGGAAAGGUAGAAAGGGGCUAGGUUGUGAAGGGCUUUUAAUGACUAACAGAGAACUUUAUAUUUGAUCCAGGUCGUAACAGGGAGGGACUGAAACUAAUUGAAUGAGUGGAGCAUAAGCAGACUUUUCCAGCUACACACUGCUGCCUGAUUCACUGGGACCAACCUUACCCCUGACUGAUCUCCACCCUGCUACUGAUACAUGCAGAGAUGGGCAUGCCUUUGAUCUUGCCAUCAGCCACAUUGUACUACUUCCCAUGUUCAAUGAACGCUGAAGUUCUUUGAUCACAAUCUCUUUUCAUUCCACCUUCUCCUUUCCCUUACAACCCCAAAACCUGUUCUUCAUCCUCACUAUGACUUCCAGUCUCACCACUACUCCUAUAUUGACUACACUUUCUUCCCUUCCCCAUCUUGACAUGUUGGUGAACCAAUUCAACCCUAUGCUGUCCUCUCAAGUCCCUUGGAUUCUUAUUGAAUCAAAUAUUUUGCUCUGCCAAAUCUGAGCCUUGAAUUACUCCCACCAUGUGCUACAUGCCUAACAGUGCUGAAUGAAACUAGAGAAAACCAAAAAGCUGAACUCAUGCUCAUUAGGUCCACUACAGAUGCAUGUCCUCUCAACUGGGCCCCCACUGAAGCAAGGCAGUCCUUUUGUAUCUUCCUAACUAAUUCACUAUCCCACUCACCCUAGCAAAAAUUUUCCAAAUUUUUUCAUCUGUCUUCAAACCUCCCCCUAGCCUCUCAGUUGAGAACUUUGCCUCAUAUUUCAUUGAAAAAUUAAGGCCAUUUGAGAGAGCU